GCUGAUAAACCCAUUUGAAGUCUUGCCUUUGAGUAACCUUACUGAUUGAAGUGUCACUACCCACGAUUUAAAAGCUUUCUUGACGAGGGGCUGUACUGUGUAAUAUCUGUAAGGUAUUCGGUACGAUAUAUUUACCUAGUGGGUGAAGAUUUCAGUAUAGCACUGAAGCUCUUACUUGUGGAUGGUUGUUGAAGACACGUGUGUAAAAAAAUUACCUGAUUCACAAGAAUACAAAGGAGCAAGAUUUAUCUGUGCACGGAAGGAGUUUGUCACUGACAGAAAGUUUCUUGUUUUUACAUUUUACUGUAACAGUGAGGUGGUGUUUAAGGAAAUGGUGUUAUUGAUGCAGAAUUGUGGGCACGUCUAACCCUGCUUACAUCUUACUGAGAUUGUGAUCUGGGGAUUCAAAGGAUGGAACUUACAAAAUCUGCAAACAUUUUGAAAUGUUAAAUGAAAUUCCUAAGUAUUGAUACAUGUGUGUGUGAUGUUCAAUCAGUUCAGUAUUGAAGUGAUAUCUGAUAUAUAUAAGAAAAGCCGUUCUUGGAUCCUAAAUUCUUCAUACAUUGUAUGUAUCUGUAAGCCAGACUAGACUGGAAUAUAUCGAGCAACUAUUGUUUUUGAAUGAAAAGCCAUGGAUGUUAGCAGACAGCCGUUUUCCAGACAAAAUUGCAAUGUUCUGUGUUUAGUCCCAACAUGUAGCCCUAUAGCUAUGGUACUGUACGUGUGAGAGUCCGUACAAUUUCAGACACGGCUGCAGUGGAAUCAAUUAUCGUCACAAACAUGUUAGUGACCCUGCGACAUACAGGACUAUGUUUUUGUAAUCCUAAGUACAAGGAUAGAAGUACCCAACAACGGUUAUACAUAUUUACCAACGGACCCCCGGAGAAGUCCAAACUCAGCUGUGAUGACCAAGCCAACAUUUCCCUGGUGGAGUACCGAGCUCUUCAGAGGGAGUUGGACGAAAGAAAUGUGCAGCGGGAUGAACUCCUAUUCAAAGUCAAGACGUUGACUGACAAGACAAAGCACUACAAGUUACGACUGGAACGGGAGGAGAGCACGAAGAGACAGCACAUGAAGAUCCUGUGUAAAACACAGGAGACACAACUACAGGAGAAAGAGAACCUCAUCACUAACCUACAGGGACUGCUGGAGGAGAACGAGGCCAGGGUCCAGCAGCUGGAACAAGGUCCAGUAAAAUGUCGACCCCUUGGUGAUAACAACAACAUCCCCCACACGGGGAGUGGGACCACAAUGAGGCUGAUUGAGGAGGUGAAGCGACUCCAGGCAGAGAAAGUGGACCUCACCCGACGCCUUGAGGAACAGUUACAGCUCAGUGUAGUCCUGAAUCCUGAGAGCAAAGAAGUUGGGCCAGAACCUGGGGUCAGGGGAGGAGACCAUGGCCUGGGGCUGGACAAAGCUAUAAAUGACCUUCAGAAAGAGAACUGUGAUCUUCGGGACACUAUAGAUAGACUCCAUAAAAGUGGUCAGUCGUCAGACACUGGACCCUGCACCACUGACACAGAGAAACAGGUGGCCAAGCUACAGGGAGACAAUGACCGACUCCAGGAGGAACUGACCGAUCUAAAACAGGUGUACAGUCAGUCCACAGACAUGGUCAAACAAGGUGCCAAGCAAUACCAGCAACUUGACGAGGAAAUAUCCAAAUUACAACAAAAGAUUACAAUACUGGAGAGCAAGGUGGUGAAGAAAUCCGAAGAGCUCACCGGCCUUCAAAAUAAACACCGUCAGGAGCAGACAACUCUCAGAAAUGAAAGUCAGGCCACAGCUCGUAAAAUGAGGGAGUUACAAGCUGAGUUGACUGCUUUACAUGCUAAGGAGCCAGAGGUCAUAACAAAGAUAAAGCGUGUGGAGGUACAGACAGAGUCGGAGGAGCUCAAGAGGAACUACAAAAAGUGUCAGGAGGAGAAGGCUACACUGCAGUCAGAGGUCGAGACAUUGAGGUUAGAGGUGAAAGAGGUCAGGGGUCAGCUGCAGGAAGCAUGCAGGCAAUGUGAAGAGAAGAUGGAGGAGAUGACGAGGCUGGAACAGGAAACUGAGACUGUCACACAUGAGCUGAUGGAUGAGAUAGACAAUGUGAAGAGAGAAAAGGAAGAAGCUGUGCGAUCAGUCAGGCGUGACCUUGAACAUGAGCUGGAAACCCUAAGAAUAAAACACCAGCAUGUGUAUCAACAUUUGGAGCAGCUCAAGCCAAUUAUGGUCCAACUGGUUCGCGAGCAUGUCCUCCUACAGAAGCAAACAAAGAAGUUCCCCACUAUUAUCAAGGAGACUGUGUCGCAGGUCAAAAAAGAGACAGCACGGGCAAUUCGAGGCAUCCAUGACUAUAACCAGGAGCUAAUCAAAAAAUACUUUAGAGAGAUGGCACUCAGAAAGAAAUACCACAACGAACUUGUGGAACUAAAAGGAAACAUCCGAGUAUUUUGUCGUGUUCGACCAAAGAUUCAAGAAGAUGGUAAUGGUGUUAUGUCUCAGUCUGUGGUGACAUACGACCAGGACGAUGAUGGACUCCUUCAUGUAAUCAAUAAGGGACGAAGCCAGACAUUCGAGGUUGACAGGGUUUUCACAGAAACCAGUUCACAGACAGAGGUAUUUAAUGAAGUACAAUCAUUAGUGACAUCAUGUAUUGAUGGGUACAAUGUAUGCAUCUUUGCCUAUGGACAGACAGGCUCUGGAAAGACAUAUACGAUGGAGGGUCCACCUGAGGAUGCGGGCAUCAACCAGAGGGCACUUCAAGAGCUGUUCCGGGAGACAUCCACUCGAGGGUGUGACUGGACAUACAAAAUCACUGUCACUGUCCUAGAAAUCUAUAAUGAGGUCAUCAGAGACCUGUUGACAUCUGGUGAUGACAGCUCGGCCAAACUUGAUGUGAAGAUGAACACAGAUGGUCAGCUGUACGUGCCAGGGCUAUGUGUCAAGGAGGUGAGGUCUGUUGAGGAGGUUAACAAGGUAUUCGCAACUGGCCAAAAGAACAGGGCAACAGCAACAACUAAUAUGAACGAGCAUUCAUCCCGGUCACAUGCACUGCUGUGUGUUACAGUCAGUGGUGUCAACAAAACCACUAAUGUUCAGAGUACAGGAAAGCUAAACCUUGUGGACCUGGCAGGGUCGGAACGAGUGAGUAAGUCUGGUGCUGAUGGGACACGACUGAAGGAGGCACAGAGUAUCAACAAAUCUCUGUCCUCAUUGGGUGAUGUCAUACAUGCUCUGAGAAGUAAACAAAGCCAUGUGCCAUACCGCAACUCCAGGCUCACCUACCUACUUCAGGACUCGCUAGGUGGAGACAGCAAGACACUUAUGAUCGUCCAGGUGGCACCAGUGGAGAAAAAUCUAAGUGAGACUGUAUGUAGUCUCAACUUUGCCCAGCGUGUCCGAACCGUCGAACUUGGCCAAGCAAGUCGUCGUGUGGAAAAUGGUGAUACUGAGGGAGACUACGCAAGCAGUCCCAUGGCAAAGCCCUCGACUCCCUCCAGGAGUGGAGGCACUCCAUCACGUUCUGCCCACUUAACACCGUCCCGCACUGGGAUGGCGACCCCGCCCAGAUCUGGCAUCAACCCUCUCACUCGCUCCACUCCUCUAGGAUCUGCCUCUCGGACUAAUAAGAUGUCAAAGGUUACAAGCAAACUCAACUUAUAGCGAACAAAAUUAGAAGUAGAGGCGCUUCUGGUUAACUACUUCAUCAGUCCGUUUUAAAACUCCUUGUACGAUACAAAUAGGGAGUGCUUGCAGCUAUAUAAAAAAAAUUCUCACUCGGAUUUGGAAACAAAGUCGAAUAUCAGACAUUUUUUAUGCGUGUUUGUCUGCUUAGGAAUCUUCUCCCUCGUGUUGAGACUUCCCGCGUCUCAUCUCCAAGGGGAUGAAAGAUUUUCAUACACUUAAACACAGGUGGGAGAAAUAAUGAUCUUAUCAAAGAGACGGUAUGGUGUUUACCAUGUGAUAUGGCGGUAUUGUGGACAUCCUGUGAUAACCUUUACUCAUGUGAUUUGUAUGUCCAUAGUGAAACUACUGCUGUUGUAGAGUUUGGUAGGUUUUUAUGUAUACGGGUCUAAAUGUCUCUUAACUUCAUACAUGUGAUUCUUGUGGUGCCGCUCUCCCCUGGGGUAGUCCUACUACUCAGUGGAUACUGUAACAAUGUUUUCCAGGAAAAUUAAAAUCCACAAACUUUCAGGUUAGAUUUUAAUAUUCAUAUACCAUUGCUAGUAAAAUUGUCCACUUAUUGAAACACCAUCACACUAACAUUUUGCUCUCUAAUUUCAAUUAUUCUAUGGGGAAGGGGAGGGGGAUAGCAGAACCCUCACCCCUAUGUAAGGGUCAAAGUUCACAUUUGUCCACUUUUGAAAUAAGCAUGUUUAAAUGUAUACAUUCAAGCUGUUGACCAACAUGUUAGUUAAAAGGAAUGAAACAUGAUACAUUCUGCUAAUUACAUUCUCACCUUGGCUAACUUGAAUGGUUAGUGAAUCUAACACUUAAUAAUUACCAUUGAUAACACAAAGGAGAAUAAUAAUGAUUAUGUAAAUUAGGGUUAACAUAUAAAUGUAUAUUGCAUUGUGGGAUAUGGGUUUACAGUAAAACUGAUCAAUUCCAAUUUAUAGAUCAUUCCUGUACCAGAACUUGACCCAAUAACCUUCAAAAAGUUAUUUGGUAUCAAAGUAUUCACCAGAUUCACAAUACAUCUUCAAUGUAAAAUCUCAUUGAAAUUUACUAAGAUAUUGUUAGCACCAUUAAGCAAAGGUGAUACAGAACUCUAUUGGCCACUUAUUAUGUUUGUUCUGCUCAGAGAAGUUAUACAGCACCAGAUAAUAGGAUAUACGUUAGGAAAUUCUGCUGAAUAUCCAUGGAAACCAUUUCAGUAGGAGAGUGGCAUCAAUUCUCGAUCUUAGAUCUUUAGUCCUAUGGCUAUUGAAAAGAUUCUUCUCUGUUAUUUUUCAUUUCUUUUCUAUUCUUUCUUUUUUGUAUGUGUAAGUGUUUUAAGAUAACCAUGGAUAACAAAUGAAUGUUUACUUCCUUUUUUUGGGUUCAAAGUGAAUACAUUGUAUUUAGAGACUUUCAUUUUCGAUAUCGUAUGACUUUGUCAGUUUUUGGUAUCAAUAUUGUUCCACGUAACAUCUAUUACACUUAUUUACUAUUUUAUUCGCCAUAACUAUCAUCAUGCAAUGAUUAUGAUUAAAACAUAUAUCUAUCGUAAAGCUUUUGAAGCUUGAAAAAAAACGAGUUAUUACUUUAAUUGGGAGUUUGUAGAGGAACUUCUAUGCAAGAUCUCAUAGAUUUACUGAGUUUUUGUGUUCAAAUUUGUUCAUACAUGUACUGUACAUUGAGUUAAGGGAGUUUGUCUUUCUUGUGACAUUGCAUGUCAGGUAAUCCAGUAAGAUAUAGUCUCAUCGCUGAUCAAAAUAGUCACAAAAAUAAGCAAACAUCAAAACACUUGUAAAUUUCAGGUUGUUUCUGAAUUAUAUUCUGAAAUUUACAUUAAAUUAAUGGUCCAGAAAGUGAAAGUAAGACGAGGUUGCUGAAACCAGAAAGUGAAAGUAGGUUACUGGGUCACAAAGUGACAGUAAGUUACUGGGUUACUGAGUCACAAAGUGACAGUAGUUACUGGGUCACUGGGUCACAAAGUGACAGUAGGUUACUGGGUCACAAAGUGAAAGUAGGUCACUGGGUCACAAAGUGUAACAUAUGAUUUUAAGAUAUGUACAGUAUCCUAUUUGUCUCGAGUCUCAAUUUUAGAAAGGAUUAUGUUUUUGAUUUGUAAAAUGGGCAACAACGUAUCUGAUAUCUCAUUGUAUUGUCUUGCCUUUACUGCUGUACCUUAUAUGCCCAAUGUGUCAAAUAUAUGCUCAGUAUAUAGCCUGUUAUAUUGUGAUCCGAUUGUUUUAAAAAUAUCAUCAUUAAGCCUCCUUCAUGCUCUGAAUGUAUUUUUCUUACUCCGUAGACCCAUACUCUCUGAUGAUAUUUGCUCUAUUGCUCAGAAAACAUCAUUGGCUUAAAAUGUAUACAAGAUAAUAUUAUAUUCCUAGCAAACUGUCAAUUUGACAAAUGUUUAUAAUAGAAGAAUUGCACAUUUGAUAUGUAUCCUCAAGCUAUGUAGAACAGACAUCUUGUGGUGUUAAGUGUUGUACUUCUUGGAAGAUGUGUGUAAUGUGUUCAGAAUCAUUUACACAUAAAACAUUUCAGUGUAUUUUAGAUAGAUCAUUUUGUAUUUAUACAGACUGAGAAUCGAAGGGUUUAUUAUUGAUUUUUGUGAAUGAUGUAUAAUAGAAUGUGAGAGGAUGGUCUCGUCUAUUUUUGGAAGAUUUGAUGAGAGAGUUUUAUAUAUAAAAAAUCUGUAGAUUUUGCAAUGAGAAAGGAAACGUGAGAGGUAUACAUAUGAGUAACUGAUUGAGUAUGCCAUAACCAAGACGGACAGCAUUUGUUCAUCUUAUCCUACAAUACAUUUGGUGCUAUCAUAGAAGAAUGAUCAUUUCAUUUGUUUUCAUUGUGAAUACACAAGCUGUAAUUAUCAGUUGGGAGAUUUCCAUGUCUUUAUCUCACUAUCAGAUGGUGGGCUAUUUAAAUCACUCUUCGUCCGUGGUCCAUCAUCCAGCCAUCCAUCCAUAACAAUCUUUAUCAUUGCUAUUUCUUGAAAAGUACCAGAAGGAUUUUCUCCGCUUUUAUAUGUAGAUUCCCCUUGGUCCCUAGCUGUGCCAUUCUGUUCUAGAAAACAAAAUCAUCGCAAGGUGGCCAUCUUUGAUUUUGACAGUUAAAGUUUGUUAUCACUAUUUCUUAGCAGUACUGGAAGGAUAUUUCUCAAACUUAAUAAGUAUGUUUCCCAUGGUCACUACCCACUUGAUUGGUAAGUUCUCCUUAUAAAGAGGUAAGAAGGGGAAAGUAGAGAAAAGAUCAGUCUUACAUAGAAACAAACAAAAAUCAUUUAGUGGUAGAAGCCGAGAUCCCAGGGUUUUUUGUCACAUUUUGUAGUUCUUUUACCAAUUUAUCUAGUUAAACAAAUAAACUAAAUGUACAAAUACAUAGUUUACUGCUAUAGGUUGGAAAGCCAAAGCCCUGGUCCAGAUUGUACUGUCAUGUAACACUUGGGGUCUAGUCUGAUUUGGUUGGUUUAAAUUUCUGUUAAAGGACUAGAAUCAUUAGGUAUGUUGAUUACGAUUGCCUAUCUCUAUUGCUGAUGAAAAAUACCUUGAUGUUUACCAAAGAAAGUGGUUUCUGGGUUGGUUUGUUUUACUGUGUUCUGAUGCUAGUAUGCAAUCUCCCGAUAUUAUGUUAAAUACAGAUUUUACUUAAA